AUGGAAAAGAGCGACCCGCCUCAUAAUGGCCGCCGAGAAAGCGGAUCACCUCUAGGUUCGGAUCGCAUUCUCGACAGGAAGAUCGAGAGGCUUGCACUUCCGGAAGGUUUCUCAUCAAAUCUCGCCAAAAGAGGACCACUCUCUGGAAGAAAAACAUCUGAUCGAUCGGUCCGUUCCAUUGUCAGCCUCUUUGAGAAGUCGGCAGGCACUCUCGAGAGCCCCGGGUUCAACAAGUUGGGGUUGGCAUCGGGCGCAAGCGACAGAGUUGAGGUUAAGGAUGGAAAGAAAGGCCGGGGAGGCACCCGCAUGAGCAACAAGGACGACAAGAACGUCAAUAUCCCCACCAAGAAUUCGAAAAACUUGCAGCACCAAGAAGUUCAAUCGCUCGGCACCACAUUUUCGAUGUUCCCCUCGUCCCGGGUCAACUACCAAGUCGAGGACUACUCCUUGACCUUGCUCAGGCACAAAUCCUACUUCAACAACAGACCAUUGGCGCGCUGUUUGGAUGACCUUGCUGACAAGGACCCGAAAGUUAAGGAUCAGCAGGUCAAGAGUAAAAAAGAAGGAGACAGGGAACGGGCUAAGGAGAACGGGGAGACUCUGGGCGACAGAAAUGAUCGGGAGAGGAAAAAGGACAGAGAUAUUUUGCCAAACCAAAGGAAUACGCCUUUGCCUCUCCAACAGCUCGACAACCAGAUGGGCGACUUGCGUAUCUGGGAAGACGUAUCCGAGCCUGAGAUAUUCAAGCUAGAGAGGCGCUGCUCACCAGAAGUCCGAUGCUUUUGGAACGACGUGCGGACCCAGUUAUGGGUAGACGAGGGGGAGAUAUACAGAGAGAAACCGACGCUGACAGAGCAAUUGGGCAUCGACGACGAUACUCCGACGCCGUGGGACCCUGCCACUCAGUUAUCCAUUUCGUGCCCCGCAAACACCGACAUAGAACACCCACUUCCACUUCCGCCCACUCGACUGCCGCCGCCCAUACCGGUGGCCUCUCGAGGACGGUCUCACACAACCAUUUCCUCACAAUGGAAGCAAUACCCAGUGGCGCCUCCCCUGGAACCCUUCCUUGACCCGGCAAGCGACUGCCUUUACUGGGACGAGCUGCGGCCGACAUACUCCGUCAGGCUAAGCAGGUCCGCGCUAGGAUGCCCAGACAUUGUAGACCUCUCACCCGACGCGCACACUGAGACAGAGUCGCCCAACUUGCCCGCGCCCGCCCGGCCGCUGCCCACCCCACCGAUAACACAGUCCAGCCAUUCGCGUUACCCCAGCGGCAGCGGCAGUGGCAGCGGCAGCGGCCCCUGGACCCGGCCACCGGUGUGGCGCACCCCGUCCUCGUUGGGGUCGUGCUCACCACCGCCAGUGCCCCCUCUGCCGGUACCAAUUCCAACUCCAACAGGCGGCCGUCAACGGAGCCGCACGAACCACAGCAGAUACCGCCACCCGCCGCAUUUGCCCGAGAAAUCCGCUUCCACCCUUACCUCCGUCUCCACCCACAGUGCCACCAUGACCAACAGCAGCGCGACAAGCACCCACAGUAGGCGGACGCUGGGAACGUCGACUAGCUCGGUCGCAACGCGCUCAACACUCACUGACUCGGGCACGGACUUCUCGUCAAGUUAUCGUCCACAUCAGCCCCGGCGACGGCUGACGGCCGAGGAGAAACUCUCUGAGAUCGACGCGUUUCUAUCGCCGGACCGGGAGGAUGGGGAUAGGGAGGGUUGGAUAUGA